AUGGAAACGACGACAGGGACAGCAACAACCUUCUAUCACAGUAUCCCUCUGCAGCUAAUCUACUUUCACCAUAACAACUUCAAUGUCGUGCUAGCAAUAACCAUAUUCCUGCUGGGAAGCGUCAUCCUCGUUCUAAACACACUCCUCUGCUUCUAUUACUACAAGAAGAAUGCUAUAGUUUACGAGAAGCUUUUCUUCCUCCUUUCAGCUGUUGAUGCCACGACAGGAUUGGCUGCUCUGCUCCAAAGUGCCACCUUCAUAGGGAUUCUCACGGGCAGCGAAACGUUUGUCUCAGUGGUUCUCACUGUGACCUACGUCAUAUCUGCUGUAUCCUUCCACGUCAGUGUUUUCUACAACGUGCUGCUGGCAGUAUGCCGAACAGUCGUCCUCUCCUGUCCAUUCUUCAAAUUCAAACUGAGAAUCUUGUACUGUAUAUCAGCAUUCUACCCAGUCGUGAUGGUUAUGUUGGCAGUGUACGAAGUGAACAGUGUGUAUAUCAACUACCAUUCACUGAUUGAUAAGAUCAUGUUUCUAAUCAUAUCCCCGCUCUGUGGCUCUGAACUGAUUCACAACUACUACCCUGACUUUAAUGAUUUAGGAUACUAUCUGCUUCUUUUGGGCAUUCCAUUUGUGUUACCCUCCCUGAUCUGUCUAGUCUGCUGCAUCUGUGCUACAAUAUAUCUGAUGAGAGCAACAAAGAGAGAUUCCGCAAGGAAGAAAUACAGGAUGAAGUCAUCCAAAACUGGAGAAAAUCUGAGGAGACGCCGGAAGACAAACUCUAGAGCAACGGUGACAAUAUUGCAGCUCUCGACUGCGUUCUUCAUUUGUAACACUCUCUACUUCACGACGGAGUUCACACUGCAGGCAUGGAAUCCUGGACACAUUCCACAUGAGAUGUAUCUUGUGUAUGUUGCGGCUAACUUCCUGCCUUUCCUCAACUCCUUGAUUAACCCUGUAAUCCUCAUUAACAGGGGUACACAUUUGCAGAAGUAUAUUAAGAGACAUCUCGAAAUGUUUUCUAACAGUUUCUCUUUUUGA